CCACUACAUAGCGCCGACUAUGAAAAGUGAAGGCCACUAGAACUUCACGUAUUUCCAAUACGAACUUUUUCUAUCCGCCUAAUCUAAAAACAUAUCUGGCCAAAAGAAUGGAUCAUGCCCACGGCUCUCAUCAUUCACCGGCUGAUGCUAGUAUGCAGUCGAGUGAUCAUUCCAUGGAUAUGAAAAUGUAUUUCAAUACUGAUAUGCAUUAUACAUUGCUUUUUUCAUUCUGGAUUAUUGAUACAGUUGGAAAAGCGAUCGUAGCAUGUCUUGGCUCUUUCAUAUUCGCUAUCAUAUAUGAAGCCCUAGAAACAUUACGACAUAAAUUGCUUUUACGGGCAGCAUGUAACAAUCAGUGUGAACGUGCUGGAAAUUCCUACGGUGGUCCGUCAUGUCCAGGUUGUCCAAAUCCAUCAGAUUCAAAUUCCAACAAAAGAUAUCUUAAUCCAGUUGAAUCAAAUGAAGAAGUUCGUGUUAACGUUUAUUCGAAUUCUUAUCGUGAAAAACUUCGCUCUUAUUGUUCAAGUUAUCAUCUUGUUCAAACUAUUUUGCAUUUGAUACAUGCAUUUAUGGGCUAUAUUCUUAUGUUGAUUGUAAUGACAUACAAUGUCUAUUUGUUAUUGGCUGUUUUAUUCGGUUUCACCCUUGGUUACUUUCUAUUCGCACGAAAUCGAGCUCUGCUAGUCCGAUCGCAUAACUGCUGUCAUUAGACAAUGAGCGCAUAAUUAUGUGUGUGUUGGUCAGUGAAUUAGUUCAAGCUCUUCGGAUUCGUUUGAAGAUAAUCAAAUUACUUUGUUGCACACAUUUUGGAUCUCUUUGCAUUCUCCAUGUUUGUGUUACUAUUGUUGUUCCUGUGUUAUUUAUUCUCAUUUUUUCAACAUUGUUCUCCACCUUCAUUCUUUACCUCCAUUUUUUUAACCACCUUAUCUAGAUUUUGUGAAUUCCCAAUAUGCAUCAAUAUAUACUAUUUUGUAAAAUUUUUUAUUAAAAUCAAGUAGUGUGUGUGGUUUUGAUUGUUUUGUUUGUAAUUUCUGUUUUACCUUUCCUAAAUCAUUUCUACCACGCUUCAUGUACACUAGACAAUCAACAAACCGUUGAUUCUCCCCGAUCUCUAUUAUCAAUAAAAUAUUUGUGAUUUGUGCUCAAGACGUAUUUCAAUAAUACCAUUUGGCUAUUAUGAUGUUACCCUGUUAUACUGUUUUGAUGAUUAUGGUAAUCAGUCAUCUGAACUAUGAGUUACUAUUCGUAAUUCCUUGGUUAAAGAUAUCUUGUCAGUUUCGUUCUUUCACGUUUCUGUUUUGUGAAGAUUUGUAAAACAGAGGUUUAUUUUACGUUCUUUAUGAUUUCAAAAGUUAUGCCUUUUCUUUUUUGCAAUAUGUCAAUGAAAUUUAAUAUGAUUUAAAAUAAACCGUUACUUACC